AUGAGUAAUUUUCAAAGGGAAGGGUCUAUAAGGAAGGUUUUACCCGUAGAACGAAAUGAAGACUUAUUACAGGAAACCAGAGAAAAUGACAUACAAAAAUUGUAUAAAACAUACAAGCAGGAAUAUGUGAUUUUAGCUGAAUAUAAAAUGGUUCAGAACGAAAACGUACCAGGAGUAUACGUUAUACCUUCUAAAGAGUCUUCGCUACUAUGGUUCGGAGUAGUAUUUGUCAGAAAUGGUCAUUACAAAGAUGGUGUUUUCAGAUUUAAUAUAUUUUUAGAUGAAAAUUUUCCAGACUCAGAACAUCCUAAAGUAAUUUUUUACUCAAAGCUGUUUCACCCUGUGAUAAACCCAGAAACGAACGAACUCAAUCUAUUAAAAGCCUUUCCAAAAUGGUGUAAAGCAUCUCAACAUAUUUGGCAAGUCGUUAAAUUUAUCCAAUGGAUUUUUUACGAUAUGGAUAAGAGUGUCGAACAUGCCGUUAAUCUAGAAGCUGCAGAAAUGUUUAAAAAUGACACCGAAAAUUUUCAAAAACUUGCCGCCGAAAUAGUUAAGGAAAGUAAAAAUCGUUUGUAUGAUGAGCCACCUGUAGAUGAUGAGCAUUACUUAAAAUUUGAACCUUAUGUACCUGAUAUUCAUGAUAAGGUACGCAGUGAAAUGAUCAAUGGGCAAUUCGAAACGAAAUAUUCAAAGAAAGGCCUAUCAUGGGUGUUGCCGGGAAGCAAAAAAGCACUAACGAGGCCUCCCACGCCUCCCGUGGAGGAAAGCGAAUUAUGA